GCGCCGCUCCGCCUUGCUCCAUCGCUCAGACGCUCCGCUGCUCGAAUUCACCAACCACCGCGGCAGCGCGAUGGCCUCCCGCCUGCUCCGCCUCCACCUCCGCCGCCGCGGGAGCCCCGCCACCCCCGUGCCCCCGCUCCCGCUCCUCCUCGCCGCGCGGCUCCUCUCCUCCUCCUCCUCCGCCCCGUCCCCUGCCGCGGCGGGGGCGGCGGCGGGCGCGGGGAUCGAGAAGGUGCUGGUGGCGAACCGGGGCGAGAUCGCGUGCCGCGUCAUGCGCACCGCGCGGCGCCUCGGGGUCGCCACCGUGGCCGUGUACAGCGACGCCGACCGCGGGGCGCUUCACGUGCGCGCCGCCGACGAGGCCGUCAGGAUCGGCCCGCCGCCCGCCAGGGAGAGCUACCUCAACGCCAAGGCCAUCAUCGACGCCGCCCACCGCACCGGCGCCCAGGCUAUCCACCCGGGGUAUGGGUUUCUUUCAGAGAGUGCUGAUUUUGCGCAGCUCUGUGAAGCUGAGGGGCUCAAAUUCAUUGGACCGCCGGCAUCUGCAAUUAGAGAUAUGGGUGAUAAGAGCGCAUCCAAGAGGAUCAUGGGCGCUGCUGGAGUGCCACUAGUUCCAGGCUACCAUGGGGCUGAACAAGACAUUGAACUGUUAAAACUUGAAGCUGAUAAAAUCGGUUAUCCAGUUUUGAUCAAGCCUACCCAUGGUGGAGGGGGCAAGGGGAUGAGGAUUGUUCAGAGGCCUGAUGAGUUUGUGGAUUCUGUACUGAGCGCUCAACGGGAAGCUGCAGCAUCAUUUGGUGUAAACACGCUAUUGAUUGAGAAGUAUAUUACUCAACCCAGACAUGUAGAAGUCCAGGUAUUCGGAGACCAACAUGGAAAUGUAAUAUACCUUUAUGAGAGAGACUGCAGUCUACAAAGAAGGCAUCAAAAGAUUAUCGAGGAAGCUCCAGCUCCAAAUGUUACAGCUGAGUUUCGGUCUCAUAUUGGUGGAGCUGCUGUGUUUGCAGCAAAGGCAGUUGGUUACUACAAUGCUGGAACAGUGGAGUUCAUUGUGGACACUCUAUCUGGAGAAUUCUACUUUAUGGAGAUGAAUACUCGACUCCAGGUUGAACACCCAGUGACAGAGAUGAUUGUUGGUCAAGAUCUUGUGGAGUGGCAAAUACGUGUUGCAAAUGGAGAACGCCUACCAUUAUCACAGGAACAGGUCCCAUUAAAUGGACAUGCAUUUGAAGCUAGGAUAUAUGCUGAAAAUGUUCCCAGAGGAUUUCUUCCUGCAACAGGAACCUUACAUCACUACAGACCUGUUCCUUUGGCCCCAACAGUAAGAGUUGAAACUGGAGUUGAAGAAGGAGAUACUGUCAGCAUGCAUUAUGAUCCCAUGAUAGCCAAACUUGUAGUAUGGGGUGAAAGUCGCAGUGCUGCACUAGUCAAGCUAAAGAACUGUUUGUCAAACUUUCAGAUUGCAGGAUUGCCAACUAAUGUUGGUUUUCUCCAAGAACUCGCAAGUCAUAGUGCCUUUGAAAAAGGCAUUGUCGAUACGCAUUUCAUUGAGCGUUAUAAAGAUGAUCUUUUGAGUACUUCUACAAAGGCCUCAGGUGAAUCACAUGGUGUAGCUGAGCUUGGUGCAAUUCUGGCUGCUGCGUGCCUUUGCAAGAAGGAUCACAUUACAUCUAAAGAAUCAAUACGAGCUGACAAGACAUUGUCUGUAUGGUACAAUAAUAUACCUUUUAGGAUGCAUCACUCUGCUAGGCAACUUCUGGAAUUGGAGUUGGAAGAACAUGAUGGAUUCAGUGAGAAACUGCUUAAACUAUUCGUUACAUAUAAGUGUGAUGGAACCUACUUCAUCGAGACAGAAGAGGGCACUUCUGGUUUUGAUGUCAAAGUUGAUCACAAGGGUGGCCAUGAUUUUCGUGUAGAUGCUGCUGGUCUGCAAACUGAUGUGACUCUAGCUUAUUAUUCAAAGGAUAAUAGCAAACAUAUACACAUCUGGCAUGGGAAGCACCACUACCAUUAUAGACAGACUCUGAGAGCUGAGCACGUAGCUGAUGAUAGCUCCCAGCCUAGUCAUGCUUCUGAGGGGAAGUCACAUCCAAAAGGCAGUGUUCUGGCACCGAUGGCUGGUUUGGUUGUGAAGGUUUUGCUUGAAGAUGGGGCACAGGUGGAGGCGGGACAGCCUGUCAUGGUUAUGGAAGCAAUGAAGAUGGAGCAUGUGGUGAAGGCGCCGCGUGCUGGAUAUGUAGAGGGCCUGAAGGUCACUGCUGGCCAACAAGUUUUCGAUUCCAGUGUCCUCUUCACAAUCAAGGACAACUCUGCAAACUGAGAUGGAGCGAAUACAGUCCUGCCGUGGAGAUAAGAUAGGAAAGAAAAUUGAAGGAAUAAACAUCUGGGAUCCAUCUGCGGGCGAGCAACCAGCUCGGCCAUUAUCUCCCUGCCCGAUCCGGUCGAACCCAACAUUCGCCCAACAAUUCCAUUACGUGUAGUGUACAUGAAACUGGUGUCGCAUUGUAAAUGAUGAAAGGGAAUAAGCAAAUGGAAGCCGAUUAGUUUUUCUGCCAGCGGCAGGCACGCACAAUGUUAUUACGUUCAUCUCCUUCAGAUGCUGCUGGGGUAUCUUGCAUAUCCAUAAUCCGAUCAGAGGGGAAAAAAGAAUCA